UCUCCGGACGUGCUCGGGGGUUUUCGGCUGCGUCCAUGCGCGCUCCCGUCUGUGUGUCGCUGCUGUUUCUAUCGCUGCUGCUCAACGAUGAUGCGGCGGCUCGUCACUUCAGUGAGGAGCAGAUGUUCGCUGUCAGACAACGCAUCAAGUCCAUGUUCUACCACGCCUACGACAGUUACCUAGACCACGCCUUCCCCUAUGACGAGCUCCGCCCACUCACCUGUGACGGACAGGACACCUGGGGCAGUUUCUCUCUGACUCUGAUCGACGCUCUCGACACGUUACUGGUUUUGGACAAUGGUACAGAGUUCCGUCGCGUGGCGUCGCUGCUUCAGGACAACGUGGACUUUGACAUCGACGUCAACGCGUCAGUGUUUGAAACCAACAUCAGAGUGGUGGGGGGUCUCCUCUCCGCUCACCUGUUGUCGGGGCGAGCAGGGAUGGAGCUGGAACCCGGUUGGCCGUGUUCUGGUCCACUGCUGAGGAUGGCAGAGGACGCUGCCAGGAAACUGCUGCCUGCGUUUCAGACGCCCUCGGGGAUGCCGUACGGGACGGUGAACCUGCUGCACGGCGUCAGUCCCUCGGAGACGCCGGUCACCUGCACAGCCGGCGUGGGGACGUACAUCCUGGAGUUUGCGGCGCUGAGUCGACUGACGGGGGACGCCACGUUUGAGGACACGGCGCGGCGAGCUCUGAAGUCUCUGUGGACGACCAGAUCUGACAUCGGACUGGUUGGGAACCACAUCGACGUCGUGUCAAAGAAGUGGGUCGCUCAGGACGCCGGCAUCGGCGCCGGCGUGGACUCGUACUUUGAGUAUCUGGUGAAAGGCGCCAUCAUGCUGCAGGAUGAGGAACUGCUCCACAUGUUCCUGGAAUACGACCGAGCCAUUCAGAACUACACUCGCUUUGAUGACUGGUAUCUGUGGGUCCAGAUGCAUAAAGGCACCGUCACCAUGCCGGUGUUUCAGAGUCUGGAGGCGUUCUGGCCCGGUCUGCAGUCGUUGUUAGGGAACCUGGAUGGAGCCGUGAGAACCUUCCAGAACUAUUACUCUGUGUGGAGACAGUACGGAGGUCUGCCCGAGUUCUACAGCAUCCCUCAGGGACACACGGUGGAUAAGAGAGAGGGUUACCCACUGAGACCAGAGUUGAUAGAGAGCGCCAUGUACCUGUUCAGAGCCACAGGUGACCACACCUACCUGCAGCUGGGCCUCGACGCGCUCGAGUCCAUCGAGAAGAUCGCCAAGACGUCGUGUGGAUACGCGAGUGUCAAAGAUCUGCGCGAUCAUCAGCUGGACAACAGGAUGGAGUCUUUCUUCCUCGCCGAAACCAUCAAGUACCUUUACCUACUCUUUGACCCCGCCCACUUCCUGCACGGUGGGGGCACAGAGGGGGGCGAGUCUUGGGAGGAGGGCGGCGAGGGCGGUCAGUGCGUCCUCGGCGCCGGCGGCUUCGUCUUCAACACGGAGGCUCACCCUCUGGACCCGGCGGCGCUUUACUGCUGCAGCCGCCACCACCACGACCGCCAGCAGCUGCGAGAGCUCCUGCUGCACCUGUCGCAGCCCGACCGCCAAUCACAGCCCCCCGCCCACAGAGACACAGAGGCCCCGCCCACCGGCCACUCGGACAGCAUCGUGCUGAAAGCCGGUGAGAAGAAGUCGACGCCGCCGCCGCUGUCGUGUCCCGUGCAGCCGUUCAGCGCUCGACUCGCCGUCCUGGGACAGGUGUUCAGCGACAACACCUGACCUCACCCGACCCCGUGAUGAUGUCACCACUGAGGUCAUGUGACAUCCCACUGGAACGAACUGUGUUUACUGUGAAGCUCUUAUUUAAACAAGGUGAAAUAUAGUUUUAUUUAUUACAAA